AUGGUGCCAGCGUUCGUGUACACGGUGCAGAACGUGCUUAUCAACAUUGCUUAUCGCCACCUGCACCCGGUCACCUUCGCCAUGCUGUCCCAGACGAAGCUUCUCUUCACCGCCCUUUUCAAUUUCAUAUUCCUCAGGCAGAAGCAGUCCGUCCGGCAGGUGCUGGCCCUGCUCACCAUGCUCGUAGCAGCUGUUCUCCUCUCCAUUGCCGACCAUGUGCAGCUCUCCCUCUCCCUGGGGGGAAGCGAGAAGGAGGGCUCGCGAGAUGGAGACGGGAAAGUAGGGACGGAGGAGGCCGGGAGCAGCAAGGCUAGUGCAGGUGGAGGGAGUGGAGGGUUGACGGAGAGUCUAGCAGCAUCGGUGUUGUUUGGUGCGAUUCCCAUGCUGGCAGCAUCUGUCACGUCUGGGUUUGGGUCUAUGUACUGCCAGUGGGUCUCCCAGGUGAAGGGCCGCAGCUCCUACCUGAUGACCAUCGAGAUGUCCUCCUUCAGCUUCUGCCUGCUCCUCGCCUCGCUCCUGCUGCUGCCAUCAUCGCACGAUGCUGCACGCAUGAGGGAACUAGGAUUCUUCCACGCCUGGACCCUCCUCUCCACGGUGCCCAUAUUGACCAACGCACUGGCAGGCAUUCUCGUGGGGGUGGUGGUGCAGGUGUCUGGGGGACUCAAGAAGGGCUUCGUGAUGAUAAUAGCGCUGCUGGUGACGGCAGCAGCUCAGCUUCUCCUGGAAGGCGAGCCUCCCCCGCUGCUUGUGUGGGUCGCAUUCCCCUUGGUAGUGGCCAGCACUCACGUGCAUGCAGCAUACCGAUAUGUGGAGAGGAAGGAUUCAGAUCGAAGGAAGGCAGAGUAG